AUGGCUCAAAAAGCACAACAAGCAGUUACUGAGAAGUUGGCGGCGGCCAAACUUAUGAAGGCGGCGCAAGUCCUUGAGGAGACAUUGGAUCAAGAAAUCAAUCGGUUGGACCACCUAGAUGAAGACGCAAUACGACAAGCAGUUACUGAGAAGUUGGCGGCGGCCAAACUUAUGAAGGCGGCGCAAGUCCUUGAGGAGACAUUGGAUCAAGAAAUCAAUCGGUUGGACCACCUAGAUGAAGACGGUUUGGAAGCAAUACGGCGAAAUAGACUGAAACAAAUGAAAAAUGAAUCCAAACAACGUUCAGAGUGGAUUGCUGCAGGCCAUGGUGUUUACUCUGAACUGGCAAAUGAACAAGAUUUCUUUGCAGCUUGUAAAAAAUCCACGUUUGGUGUUGUCUGCCACUUCUAUCGUGACUCAACCUUUCGUUGUAAAAUUAUCGACAAACAUCUUUCCCGUCUUGGGAUUAUCGUAAUUCCGACACUCAUUCUGGUGAAGAACGAACAGGUUUGCGAUCGAAUCAUCGGUUUCGACGAUCUUGGUGGCCACGAUGAGUUUUCCACGGCAAUGCUUGAAUGGCGUCUCGCCGUUGGACGGGUGAUUCAGUACAGCGGGGACAUCACAAUGCCUCCAGAUAGUGCCAAACCCGGAUCCAUCACCUUUAAGGGCUUUGAUGCAAAGAAACGUGAGACGAAAACUAUUCGUGGUAAAUUUGUUGAAGAUGAUGAUGAGGACAGUGACUG